AUAAAUCUCUUUUUCACUCUUAAAAACCUAACUUCUAAGUGCAAUUCUUGAAAAUGGAAUGGAUCGGACACGAGAGGUUACUUGCGAUCCUGGUCGCAAGAGGUCUCCAAAGCUCUCUGCUUCUUGUUUUAUUCUGGUCACCGUUUUGGCAACAUGCUACAUUGAUGCCUUCACCAGGAACGAUUUUCCAGAGGAUUUCCUCUUCGGAGCCUCCACUUCGGCUUAUCAGUGGGAAGGAGCCUUUGAUGAAGAUGGAAAAACUCAUAGCGUCUGGGAUACAACCUCCCACUGUGAUAAUGGAAGUAAUGGAGAUAUAGCAAGUGAUGGGUAUCACAAAUACAAGGAAGAUGUUAAGUUGAUGGCAGAAAUGGGUUUAGAAGCAUUCAGAUUCUCUAUCUCCUGGCCAAGACUUAUACCUAAUGGAAGAGGACCCAUUAACCCAAAAGGUCUAUUGUUUUACAAGAACCUCAUCAAAGAACUACGAGGCCAUGGAAUUGAACCACAUGUUACACUUUACCACUAUGAUCUUCCUCAGUCUCUUGAAGAUGAGUACGGAGGAUGGAUCAAUCCAAAAAUCAUAGAAGACUUCACUGCUUUUGCAAAUGUAUGCUUCAGAGAGUUUGGGGAUGAUGUGAAGUUAUGGACAACAAUCAACGAAGCUCCAAUAUUCGCCAUUGCUUCUUAUGGCGAAGGAAUAAAGUUUGGACAUUGUCUUCCUAUCAAUUACUCUACCGGAAAUUUUUGUACGGAAACAUAUAUUGCAGGGCAUAACAUGUUGCUAGCUCACGCCUCUGCUUCAAAUUUGUAUAAACUGAAGUACAAGACUAAGCAAAGAGGCUCCGUAGGCCUUAGUAUAUCUGCUUAUGGAUUGUCGCCUUAUACAAACUCCAAGGACGAUGAAAUCGCAACUCAGAGAGCUGAAGCUUUCCUCUAUGGCUGGAUGUUAAAGCCUUUGGUAUUUGGGGAUUAUCCGGAUAUAAUGAAGAGAACCUUGGGAUCGAGAUUACCUGUUUUCUCAGAGGAAGAGUCAGAACAAGUGAAAGGAUCAACUGACUUUGUAGGAGUUAUUCACUACAACACAUUCUAUGUCACAAACCGACCCGCACCUUCUCCCAUUACCAGCAUUAACAAACUCUUCUUUACAGAUAUUGGCGCAUCUCUGAUCGCCACUGGGAAUGCUUCAUCAUUCGAGUUUGAUGCUAUUCCAUGGGGUCUUGAAGAUAUUCUUGAGCAUCUAAAGGAGAGCUAUAACAAUCCUCCAAUCUACAUUCUUGAAAAUGGUAAACCGAUGAAACAUGGUUCAACGCUACAAGACACACCAAGAAUUGAAUUCAUUCAAGCUUACAUUGGUGCUGUGCUCAACGCCAUCAAGAAUGGAUCGGACACGAGAGGUUACUUUGUAUGGUCGAUGGUUGAUUUGUAUGAGAUAAUGGGUGGAUAUAUAACCAGCUAUGGAAUGUACUAUGUGAAUUUCAGCGAUCCCGGUCGCAAGAGGUCUCCAAAGCUCUCUGCUUCUUGGUACUCAGGUUUUCUCAAUGAGGAAGAUGACCAACUCCGUGCCGCGGUAGACUUGUCUGGCGAGAAAGACUGGCAAUCUGUUGCAAAUGUAUUACAAGAAAGAACUGGACCUCAGUGCUCUAAUAGUCGGAGGAGGAGGAAGAGGAAGAAGAAGAUAGAAGAAGAAGAAGAAGAAGAAGAAGAAGAAGAAGAAGAGGAGGAGGAGUCCGAUGUUUAUCUUUUGAACUCCGAGUCGUCGGAGGAGGAGGAAGAGGAAGAAGAAGAAGAAGAGGAGGAGGAGGAGUCCGAUGAGGAGAUUGUCUCCGAUCUUAAGCCUGGUGAUCAACUAAACCCAUUAACUCUACACAAGUCUCUUGUAAAGUUUGAAGAAAGUCUUCGCCAUGCAACAAACUACGUCAAAGACACGGAAGGACUAGGUCGUAGCUGUUUUGAUCUUCUCGAAUAUGUUGAAAGUAUUUAUGAUUGCUUUCAUGAGAUUGAUAAAAGGUGGAAGAAAGUUGGCGAUUCUAAAGGAUUCUCGCUACGACCUUCUACACUUGACGAAUUAACAUUUGACCAACUGCAAAGUUUUGUCUUAGAUCUACUAAACAAUGAGGCAGCUCUUUACUAUGAUGCUCUUGUCGAUUUUUUGGAGCCUUUUCCGCUUUCGGCUGCUAGGGAAAAACAACUCGAGAAGUUGAGACUUGCCAUCAACUAUUAUGGUCUCCAGUUGGGACCUGCUUCUUACUACACCUCCUCCGAACCCGAUUACGAGUCGGAUGAGGACGAUGACGCGGACGACGAGGAUGAUGCAUAAUCUAACGUUCAUAUAUGAAAAGUUAAGUUGAAUGCUAAAUAUCUGAAACCCUUACUGGUUAGUGUUAUUAAGUUCGAAUGCUAUCUAUGUUACCUUUAUUUAUUAGUGUUAUUAUUAUGUUGUAUGCUAAAUAUUUAGACCUUUAUUUAUUAGUGUGUCGUGCUUGAUUAUAUUGAACAAUUGUUUGAUUAUAAAAAUCAAAGGAACUCACUGUU